AAACCUCACGACAAUUUGGUCAGUUACGAUUGCCAGUCGCAAGCGCAGUCGCGGAGCCCUGUCUCAUAACGCCCAGCGAGCCGUAAAGCUGUAAGGGUUUCCUACAGCUUGGCGAAAAUUUUUGUAACCUGGAUAUAAACUCUCGGCGCUCCUUUUCCUCCCAUCCUCCUCAUCCACCAACGGUCUCAUAACCCAACGCCCUUACAAAGACAAGAUGGCCACUGGUUUGUGUUACGACCGUCGCAUGACUAGUCAUCGUAUAAUCGAGGGUGAACACCCCGAAGAUCCUAAGAGGAUUUCUGUUAUAUACGAAAAGAUUGUCAACUGCGGGCUUGUCAAUGAUCCAGAAUUUUCAGGAACAAGCAAUCCCGAGAACCCCGGAUUGAUGGUUAGAAUUGAGGCCAGGGAGGCAACUGAACGUGAAAUCGGCUUGAUUCAUAGCCGUGAUCAGUUUGAAUUUGCCCGAGAGCUUGAAGAUCAUGAUGACGAGCAGUUAAUCAUGAUGACAAAUGAGGCUGAUUCGGUUUACUUUAACCAGCAUACCUUUAUGUGUUCUAAGCUUUCUUGCGGUGGGGCAAUAGAAACUUGCCUUCGAGUUGCUCAAGGUCACGUAAAGAAUGCAAUUGCGGUAGUUAGGCCACCUGGCCACCACGCGACUCCUGACUGCUCAAUGGGUUUCUGUAUCUUUAAUAAUGUCUGUGUAUCCGCUAAGACUCUACAAGAGAGGAUGCCUGAUAUUAAGAAGAUUCUAAUUCUUGAUUGGGACAUUCAUCAUGGAAAUGGUACUCAGGAUGCCUUUUAUAACGACCCAUCUGUUUUAUAUAUUUCCCUUCACAGGUUCGAGAGGGGAACAUUCUAUCCGAACGACCCUAGGGGAGAUUCUACAUUCUGCGGGUCGGGACAAGGUACCGGAUUCAAUGUAAACAUCCCUUGGACUGAAGGUGGUAAGCUGGACGGCGAUUACAUAUAUGCUUUUCAAAAGCUUGUAAUGCCUAUAGCUUUGGAAUAUAAUCCAGACUUUGUUAUUGUUUCGGCUGGAUUCGAUGCGGCUGCUGGUGAUGAGCUCGGGGAGUGUUACAUUACUCCUGCUGGCUUUGCCCAUAUGACCUACAUGUUAAUGAGCCUAGCAAAGGGCAAAAUGGCUGUUUGUUUAGAAGGAGGAUAUAAUCUAUCCUCGAUCUCAGAUUCUGCCCUUGCUGUCAUAAAGGUUUUGAUGGGCCAAGCGCCUGAGAAGAUCCUGGACCCGGUAGCGUCCCCGGCGGCGGCAAAUGUAGUACAGCAGUGUAUCGAUAUCCAAAUGAGAUACUGGCGUUGGGCUUCCGAGAGAGGUAAUGGGCUUUCCCUAGAUGUACGUGCGUGGCAAGAGAAAAUUUUAUGGGAGAAGUAUAAGAUGUCAUCAGCACCAGUCAUGCAUCCGUCGGGUCUUGUGUUUGAUAAUGCGCUGCUGAUGUCCUAUAAAGCUACCGAAUUGGUUGAGAUUGCUGUCUUAGAAUUUAACAAUAUUUUUCUGGCGGCUAUAAGGCCAGUAGUAAGUAAUUGA